AUUUACAGGUUAGAAGUACUAGAUAUGUUUCGAAAUGUGUUUUAUACUCUGACUAUUUAAAUGGUUUUGAUUAUACUUUAAAUUUAUAUAUAAGUUUAUAUACAAAAAAAUGUCGUUCUUUAUAAAAGGCAAACCUCGAAAUAAUGUAAACCGAAAAUUCGAUAAAAAUAAAAAAGGAGAUAAAAAGGCAAAAAUUGAAAAGUUUGAGUCCAAGCAAAAGUCAGACUCAGAAAUAGACAGUGACAUAGAAUAUAGUGACGUUCCAGAUAAAGAAUCUGAGGAUGAAAUCGAGACUCCACAGGAGAAAAGGUUACGUUUAGCUAAAAAGUAUUUAGAAGAAAUCGAACGUGAAGAGAAGUUACGUGCCGAAGAUAAAGAAGUAGAUGACAAUGUUACUCAAAGAUUAAAAGAUGAUUAUUUAGAACAAUCUGGGAGAUUAAGGCGGACUGUUGCUGAUUCCUUUGUAGGUUUUGAAACUGACUCUAUAAAGUACUUAAAAAAUGUCCAUAAAUUGCCUGUUACCUGUUUAUGCUUAUCUAGUGAUAAUAAAUAUAUUUUUUCCGGAGGCAAAGAUAGCUGUUUAGUAAAAUGGUGUGUUGAAACAGGUAAAAAACUAUUAGCCCUAACUUAUAAACCAAAAAGUGACUCUUCAGAGUUUCGCCAUAAAACCAUUAUCAUGGCUGUAGCUAUAACGCAAGACUCAAAAUUUCUGGCAUCUGCAGAUCGUACAAAAGAUAUACAGAUUUGGGACCCAGAAAAUCUGAAACAUUUACAUACUUUUAGAGGCCACAGAGGGAUAAUUACAGGUCUAGUUUUUAGGAAAGAUACACAUCAAUUGUACUCAGCAAGUGAAGAUAGGUCAAUGAAAGUGUGGUCUUUAGAUGAAAUGUCUUAUGUGGAAAGUAUGUUUGGUCAUCAAGCUUCCAUUACUUCUAUUGAUGCUUUAUCCAGAGAAAGAGCAAUUACAUCUGGUGGACAAGAUAAUACAAUUAGGAUAUGGAAGAUUGUAGAAGAAUCCCAAUUAAUCUUUAAUGGGCACAGUAGCAGUAUAGAUUGUGUGAAAUUGGUGAAUGAAGAAUAUUUUGUCUCUGGUGGUCAGGAUGGACAAUUAUCACUUUGGGGAGCUAUGAAAAAGAAACCAUUAUUUAAUAUUCCAAAUGCCCAUGGUGUGUCAGAUAGUGAGUCUAAUUGGAUUACAAGCGUAGCUGCCUUAGUUAACACAGAUUUGGUUGCAAGUGGGUCUUGUGAUGGCUUCAUAAGGCUUUGGAAGUUAGCCGAUAAUUUUAGAAGUAUGACUCAAGUAUUAGAAAUACCAGUCGAAGGCUUUGUAAAUGCUUUAGCAUUUACUAAUGAUGGCAAACAUAUUAUAGCAGGAAUAGGAAGAGAGCACAAGUUAGGUCGUUGGUGGACGAAUAAAAAUGCCAAGAAUUUAAUAUUAAUCAUACCUUUAAUGUUGAAAACUUAAUUUAUACUUGGACUUUAGAUAAAUAAA